CGAUAUCGUAAACAAGCUCGCGAUCCUGAACAGCCCAGACCGCAUUCUGGCUCGGAUCAACUCCACCAACAUACCACUCACGUCUGGAAACCGACACAGACCAUUCAGCAAUAGCUUUGAAGUGUGCUUGAUCCUUGACGCAGUCUCUCGCUUGAUAGUCGAAGCAGCGACUGUCACAAUCGCCGUCAUGGACGUGGAUAUGACGGCUUCGGCCCCGAGCCCGGCUCUCAACUUGAACAUCAUCCGGAUCAAGAGAAAGGCCACCGAAGCACCGUUGACUUCGCUCGUCGUUCAAGAGGGGGAGAGAGCCGCCAAACGUCUUCGAGACGACGGACCGCUCUCGCCGGCCGCUACGAACAACGGUUCUGGCCAUGGUAUUUUCAGGCUGGCCCAGACCGUAGGACACGAGUGGUCUGCCAAGGCUGCAGAGGAGGCUGCCUUGAGAGAAACCAUUCAAAAACUGAUGGCCGAGCAAAAAGCUCAGUUCCUGUCUCAAUCACCUCUUGAGCAGUCUACCGUACAGCCAAGUCUAUCUGCGCUUGACUCGACUGAUACGCUCAAAUCCCCCGUGACCGAGACUAUCCCCCAAGAGAGACGGUAUCGAGUGAUCAAGCCUGCUCAUUCUCAAGGACGGAAAGCCGGACCGGGAAGCAGGUUCGGAGCGAAAGCUGCGCAGAUCAUUGCGAAACCUCGACAGGACUUCCGACUGAUCGAUGCUCAGCUCGAGUCUACAACACCCGCUUCAGUUGAGCCUGUUAGGCGUAGGGCUCUCUCCCCGAGACCACCAAAGGUCCGCACGGAGGGGGAGGAUGAGUACCUCAGCAAGAGAUCUUUGAAGAGCUCGCAAGCCGUACCAAGCAAAGAAUUGGAGCUGGAUGACGAGAUGAAGGAGAUGGAAAAGUUCUUGCCUAUGUUGACAGAAUCCCUUGGUCUCGCUGAUCGCUCGGAAUUGGCUGCUGGUCCGAGUCGUGACCGCCAGCCUGCAAAACCCAUAUCGGUACCAUCCCGCAACAUCCCACCUGCCAGCUUGUCCUCUUCUCAGAUCUCGAUCCAAACAAACACUGCUGCAGAAGAGGACGGUGACUGGGUGUACGACCUGUAUUACCGAGAGCCGACCGAUCUGAGCACGCUGCCGCAAGGCGCGAAUGGGGUCGAUGCGGGACUAGGACCGUUCGGUGAUGGGGUGAUGGUGGGAGCUUUGGCUGGUCUGGACGAGCUGCUGGAUGAUGAGGAAGACCCUGGGAGCGAUACUGAGGAAGGAGACGAAGCGGACGAGGACUCAAAUGAGGAAAACUUUUAUCGGAACGAGUAUCCAGAUGAAGAAUCGCCUUCGCCGUCCUCCUCGCCCGAGUUGUUCACCCAUUUUAGCAUGCGGGCGCAGAAUGCACGAAACGCACGCGUCGUCAAUGGCAAGGAGCGUUGGAAUACAUACGAGGCCGGCGAAUACUAUGGCAAUGGGGACGAUGACGAAGCUCAAGAUAGCGAGGAAGAGGAAAAGAGAAUGCCAGACUGGAGAGUCAACAUGACUAGGCUACAACGAAAAUUGCGCGGAGAGGAAAGAGAACGAGACCGACGUCUCGCUGGAUUGAGGAAAGUACCCGUUAAAGGCGAAGCGAGGGGGUCAGACGAUGAAGAUGAAGAUGAGGACGGACUAGAAGACAUGAGCGAUCUCGAUGAUGACGAGUAGCCAUGGAUUGCCACUGUAUCUAUACAUCAGCCUUCCCAAUCACAACAUAUCUUCCAGUAUCUUGCG